AACGGCGCCAGGCCCAAUCGUCAAUCGACCCUCCUUGCUUUCGCUCCCCAUCCUGUUACCUUGGACUUCGACCCCUACCGGCGGCGCUGGCGAAGGCGAGGCCAGCCAGCCAAAUCGACGCCUCUCCGCCGAGCACCCGGGCGGGCUCGCGGCUGCUCUCUCCUUCGGCCGGAGCGCCACUCGGUGCUGCCUCUCCUCCUCGCAUCCGUCGGAGGACGAAGAUUCCAAAAUUCAGUACAAGCUGACGGACCUAUACAUUCGAAGCUUGGCAUGACGCUGUCACUGUCAGUGUCCAUGUAGCUACGUCAAUGGCGCUGAAGGUUGUGUCUCGCAUACGAUUUGCGAGACGGCACCUGUUAUCAGGUAGACUCAUGUAUUGUUCGUGCCCAGAUUCACCCUCCGUGCGCGCUUCUGCCGAUAGAGCAAGUUCUUCUGAGUUUGAUUCUGCAAUCCGGUCACUCAAGGACAAUCUCCGGCCAGAGAGUCUAGCUCGGGUUCUCGAUUCCACAUCUGACUCGAGCUUGGCACUUAGGAUCUUCAGAUGGGUUUUGCAUCAGAGAUAUAACAUACACACGGUUGACACCUAUAGCUGUAUGAUCUCCAGGCUUACUGCUGUGGAAAAUCGUGAUGAGAUGGACAGCCUCCUCAGUGAGAUGGUCAGGCUGAAGGUGCCUGCGUUGGAGCAGGCCCUUAAUAAAUUAGUUGAGUGCCUGAGCAGUAAGAACCAAUUUGAUGAAGGUUUGCUGGUAAUACAACGUGCUAGCUCUGCGAAGCUUAAGUUGUCAGUCUCAGCUUGCAAUGGAGUGCUGCAUGGUAUGGUCAAGCAAGGAAGGGGAUUGUCGUUGUGCAUGCUUGUGUAUACGGAGAUUGUCAAGGCGGGAGUCCUCCCUGAUGUGGAUACAUUGAAUUUGCUGAUCGAGGCCCUGUGUGAAUCUGGUCGUUUAGACUUGGCACUGAUUCAGUUUGGCAGGAUGAGCAAGAAGAGGUGUACUCCUAAUAGUCAUACGUUUGAGGUACUGAUCACAGCACUUUGUUCCCACAGCAGAGCAGAUGAAGCGGUGAAGCUCUUUGAUAAGAUGCUGCAACUUAGAUGCUCCCCUGAUAGCAGCUUCCAUGCUCAAGUGAUGCCCCUGUUUUGCAAGUUCAGUAAAGUCAAGGAGGCAAUCACGUUGCAUCGAAUGAUGAAAGAAGAUAACAUUCAGUUGAGUAUGCAGUUGUACAGUGCCUUGAUUAGAUGUUUAUGUGAGAAUCAAUUAUUGGAUGACACUACCAUUGUGUUCAAAGAGAUGAUAGCAUCAGGUCAUGCUCCAAUGGCAAGUACAUAUGUGGACAUGAUACAUUGCUACUGUACAAAGGGCAAGUUCCACAGCGCUGUGAGAUUUCUAGAGGAAAAUGAUGUCACUGAAUCAGAACCAUAUAAUGCGUUGUUGUCAUGGUUGUGUAGAAAUGACAGGCUGCAGGAUUCAGUAAGCUGUCUUGAGAAAUUGCACAACAGAGGUUUUGUCGAUUGUGAGUCAUGGAACAUUGUUAUAACUCAGUUCUGCAAUGAAGGAAACAUCAGACGAGCAUCUGAGCUCAUUGGUAGAAUGGUUGUUUCUUCAUUUGCACCAGAUGGGACUACCUAUUCUGCUGUUAUAUCUUGUUACUGUCGAUUAGGACUUUACAUUGAUGCCUUGAAUAUGUUCAGAAGGGCAAGUAUUAGUAACUUGUCUUUGAAUUCAGAAUCUUUCUCACAGCUUGUAGAGGUUUUGUGUCAUGCAAAGAGGAUCGAAGAAGCUAUUGAAGUUUUUAAAUAUCACUAUAAUAGAGGUUGCAGUCUGACAAACAAGUCACUUGAUAUGCUAAUUCAAGGGAGUUGCAUGUCUGGAAAGAUCCACGAAGCAGUCAAAUUGCGUACUUUGGCUGUUUGCACAGGCACUUCUUGUACAUUCUCCACUUAUGGCAUAAUUAUCCAAGCACUGCUCCAUUUGAAGAAGGGGAAAGAUGUAUUGACUCUCUUUGCACAAAUGCUGAUGGAAGGUUGUCCAUUGGAUGGGUAUGCAUACAAUAUUUUGUUGCGCUCUUUCCUCACCAAGGAGACAAUUAUUGAGGCUGCUAUCUUGUUCAACAGAAUGGUUAAUCAUUCCUUUUUUCCUGACCAAGAGACAUUUGAAUUGAUAGUCAACGAUAUGGCUUUGUUUUCAUUUCUUAAUAUGGUUGCACAAAGUUUACUGAAAGUGAUAGAUACAAGUGGAACAGUGAGCCCCAGAAUAUAUAACAUUAUUAUUUAUGGACUUAUUAAAGAAGGCUUCAAGAGUGAGGCAUGCAAGUUUCUAGACCAAAUGCUGGAAAAGGGGUGGGUGCCUGAUUCAAGGACUCAUCGUGUCUUGGUCGGCAGCUCUGGUCUGGUGGAGGCUAGAGAGCUUGUUGAAGCCUACCAGACAGUGGAUGGUGACAAUGUGACCAACAUAUUGUUGGAAGCACUAGAUUGAGGUUUGAAACAUGUUUUUGUGUACUAUGAUAGGGAAAUGAUAUACCGGUGCUGACAUUUCAGUGCUACAGUUUUUCCAGGUAAAAUUCUCAUGAAACACUGUCAAUAAUGAAUACUGGUAGAAGAAUCUAGAAAAGUAGAAAAACCUGUAGCAGAAAAGAUAAGAGGGUUGUACAUAGUUGAUAGACCUUCAGCAAAGAAGAUGAACACGGCAAAUUACUUUCUGGAUAACAUCGUGUACUUUUCAGACAUUAUUGUGCCAUUUCUGAGAAAAACACAUUAUUUGCUAUUAAUAAUAGUCUAUGUGAUGACUUAAUGAGUUAAAUUGUACUUUAGUUCCUUGCCUGAAUUCUGUGCUAUUAUUUGUGACUAUUCUGAACCCAAUGUGGAACUAAACCAACACCACAAAACAAAUCCACCAGCUAGGCCUCUACUAACAGAUUGGGGUGUUUAAAAUCUAAAACAGUAAUACAUGACAACAAAUUACUAUGAAUAUUAAAUUGUUGUUGUACCUGUUUGAAAUGCUGGCUGGUUUGAAAAUCAAUUUUAAUAAAAGUGAAGUUUAUAUGAUCAAUGAUGAAGCAAAUUUGGGAGUAAGAUAUGCUGAGAUUUUUAACUGUCAGAUGAGUCUGUUUCCUAUUAAAUACUUGGGGGUGCCAGUUAGCCCGAGUAGAUUGAAAGUUAUUGAUUGGUUACCUUUAAUUGAAAAAGGGUGUAAAAGGCUGGAUGUUUGGAAAGGAGGGUCACUGUCGAUUGCUGGCAGAUCAACGCUUAUUACAGCAAGUCUGAAUAAUUCUCCCAUGUAUCAUAUGUCGGUUUACCUUCUACCUAAAACUACUGUGAAGAAUCUAGAUAAAAUAAGAAGAAAGUUCUUUUGGCAAGGAGGUGGGACAAAAAAGAAGUAUCAUCUUGUUAAAUGGGAAAUCAUUUGUAGGAGUAAAAAGAAUGGAGGGCUGGGAAUUAAAGAUUUGAGAAACAUGAAUAUAAGUUUAUUAUGCAAAUGGUGGUGGAAGUUAGAAAAAGAAGAUGGGUUAUGGCAGCAGAUUGUUAAAAUAAAAUACAUGAAACAGCAAACAAUUCAUGAUGUGAAUCAUAGGCUGUAUGACUCUCCUAUGUGGAAUGAUUUGCUUAAAGUAAAGAACAUUUAUUUACAGGGGAGGGGUAUAUCAGUUGAGAAUGGAUGCUUAACUAGAUUUUGGCUUGAUCCCUGGUUAUAUAACGAACCCAUUGCUGUGAUUGCUCCUGUCUUGUUCGAGCUGUGUGAAAACAAGAAUAUAAGUGUAGCACAAGCUGUGGGGGGUGGCCAAAUUUCUUUCAGAAGAUGGUUAUUUGGGGAGUUGAGAGUGGCUUGGGAGAAUAUUUGGAGAGAUGCUGCUAAUUUCAGGUUAAGUUCUAUUGAUGAUUCUGUUAUUUGGACUUUAGGGAAAAGAGGGACUUUUAAUGUUAAAUCCAUAUACAAUGCUCUGUCUAAUUUUUCUAGUGGGAUAUACUAUAAAAAGAUUUGGAAGGGAAAAAUACCUGAGAAAAUUAAGAUUUUUCUAUGGCUAAUUGCUAAUGAUUCUAUUCUGACUAAAGACAAUCUAAUGAAGAGAAAAUGGCAGGGUGAUCCCAGUUGUAUUUUUUGUAAUAAUGUUGAGACCAUUUCUCACUUGUUUUUUCAAUGCCCUGUUGCUAAAAUAAUUUGGUCAGUUAUAGCUAAGUGUUUGAACGCAUCAAAUGUUCCAACAAAUUUUCAACAGUGCUGGUUGUGGUGUGAUAAAUGGUUCUUUUUUGGUGAGAAGUAUCAUGCCUGGGGAAUAGCUGCCAUUUGUUGGGCAAUUUGGAAGUGUAGGAAUAGAGCUGUUUUUGACAAGAAAUUAAUCAAAAGUCCUCUUGAGAUCAUAUGUCAUGCUUGUGCUUUGAUGAAAUUUUGGGCAGGAUUAUUUGCAGAACUGGAACAGGAACAGCUGGUGGAAGGAGCCAAUACUUUACUCAGGGUUGCCAAGGAAAUCUUAGCUACACAAACCGCAAGACAGGUGAAUCAAUUGCUGUUACAAGAUGAUGGAAGACCUGACCAUGGUGAAGAUGCAAAAACGGAAGACUGAGGAGUGUUCUUGUGUUUUCCCGUUUGUAGGUUUUGAGCUAGGGGGGUCCUUUUGGACUUGUUUUAGUCUUGCUGCAAGGUGAUCUGGUGAAGAUCGUUUAAAACCGGAAUAGUUUUUUUUGGGAGGUCUUUUGGUAGGCUCCACUAAGACUGCUGGCGAUGUUCUUUGUUUGGGUGACUUUCGUUAGCGGUCCAGUUCUGGUUUUUUUCUUCGGUUUCUGGUUAUCUGCCUUAUCUGUAAAACUAUGCUACUUGCUUUGUAUUUUCGUUCUUCAUAAUGGAAAUGGGUAGUUCCCGUGUUGAAAAAAAAA